GAUAAAUGAUUUAGAACUUAAAUCUUUCUUCUGCAGAUGGUAGCAAGGUCUCUGAUGCAACCUUGAUGGAGGUCUUAUUGAUGAAUGACUUUAAACUUGUUAUAAACAACACAGCAUACAGCGUGUCACCUCUUGUAAAAGAUAAGCUGAGUAGUGAGCAUGCUACUGAAAUGGAAGAUAUCAAAUCCUUGGUUCACAGACUGUUUGUGGCUCUGCAUUUAGACGAUCAUCAGAUCAGGAAAGAGAGGGAAUUGCUGCAGAAACUGGACCAUCUGAAAGAGGAGCUGUUGCCUCUUGAACAGAUGAAAGACAGAAUCACGGACAGUGCAGGUGCAAAGACCUCCAGGCUUUUAUGGGUGGGCUUAGCUCUGAUGUCAACACAAGGGGGAGCGUUGGCGUGGCUCACGUGGUGGGUCUAUUCAUGGGACAUCAUGGAGCCAGUCACAUACUUCAUCACUUACGGGAGUGCCAUGGCUUUCUAUGCCUACUUUGUUCUUACUAAACAGGACUACAUUUACCCUGAUGCUAAAGACAGGCAGUUUCUCCACUACUUCUAUCAGAAAUCCAAGAAACAGCAUUUUAAUGUGGAACGAUAUAACAAGCUCAAAGAAGACCUAGCAGAGGCAGAAGAAUCGCUGAGGCGUCUGCGCCAACCUUUGCACCUGAGGCUUCCAAUCCAGGAAAUCAGUGACAAGGACUGAUUUUGGUUUUGUAUAUAUUAGAAUCACCCUUUCAAAGCUGAUAUGAACAUUUAGUUACUCUAUGGAAACUGGAUAUUUUUGACCACUAUAGUCUUAAAAGUUGCAAUAAAUAUCUAUAAAA